AUGUCAUUUAGAGAUAGUUGUGCUUUGAUAACGUGCCGAUUUUUUAGUCGUUUACGCAGCAAAAAUAAAUUAUUGUGCUUUAAUAUCAACAGGUUUCAUAUGGAUAGUAAACAUGAAGCAAAGUCAGCUAUGGAACUCGUCAACAUACCCCCUAUUAUUACCACAUACCGGCAUGCUUUACGAACUUUCGAUGACAAAUUCAAAAACGAUUUUGCGACCAACUUGAACAAAUUAAAAUCCCUAGUGGAUAAAUUAAAAGCAGAUCAUCUUGGCUUCGAUCAUAGUUACAACGAUCCUGCUACUUGGAACAGACCAAACAAAGCCCCGUGUACAUACGUCGAAGUGUUUCAAAACAGUACGGUAAACAUGAGUAUUUUUAUUCUAAAACCUGGAUUUAAAAUGCCUUUGCAUGAUCAUCCACACAUGCAUGGGCUUUUAAAAGUUAUAUCUGGUGCGGUAAGAGUUAAAAGUUUUUCAGAAUAUCCUCUUAAAGAAGCAAUAAAUAAAGUAGAUUUUAAAGCUCGCGCAAAACACGAAGCAGCGCGACUCGCUCAAGGCAUACACAAACGUAGAAGAUUAUUUGCAGAGAUUUCUCAAGACCGUAUUUGUAAGGAAGAUUCUGAGACAUGCAUUCUGACACCAACCAUAUCUAAUUACCAUGAAAUUGAGGCUCUGCACACACCAGCAGCAUUUUUCGAUAUUUUAGCACCACCUUAUGACACAUUUGUGGAAGGGAUUGGUCCAAGAAGAUGUAGAUAUUAUUAUGUUGUUAAUGAAAUAAGUUCAAAUGUGGUAGAGUUACAAGAAACAAAAGUUCCAGAGUGUUUUUAUUGUGAUCAAGCCCCAUAUUUAGGACCCACUCUUGCAUAGUUGAAUUAAGUAUUAUGAACUUAAAUGUGUUACAUGCACAAAUUAAGUGAUUCUAGUAGGCAAUGGUAUAAGGCUAUUUACAUACCGAGGUCUAAUUUCAAAGUUACCAAAAUAUUAACAUCCCUUAAAUUUAGUUUAAAUAAUUUUGUGUUGUUUAAACAAUUAACAAUUACUUUGACGCUAGCAAGAUUUUAUGUCUAGUGUAAAUAUAAUAUUUAAGUUACCCCUGGUUUUGUCUAGUGUAAAUAUAAUAUUUAAGUUACCCCUAUAUAAGAUGGCCAUUCUAGGACUUAUCUUUUUAGGUUCAAUGUAGUAAUGUAAAGGGAAAAAAGAAAAUUGCAUAUUACAGGGUUGGUUUACUAUUGGAUUUUUGCAAAUCUUCCAAAGAUGACCUUGAGAUAGUCAAUUCUUAUACCCAUGGUUGUAUCUUUUUAGUUAUAUUUUUUAAUGUGAUUGUAUUCACAAACAUUGUAAAAUGAAGUAUAACAAUUUUAAAUUGACAAAAAAUUACCAUUUCUUGUUUCUCAAUUCUUGAGAUAAUUAUAAUAUAGUUAUAUAAAUAGGAUUACAUAACAUUCCUUAAUUGGUAUAAUUUUUUAAUUAAAUCACAAA